GAGUUUGUUUCGCACAACACUACACCGGCAGUAUAGGACCAGAGACGCAACACGAGUGAUGAUGUCUGCCCCGUGCAUGUGCUUCUGUCACAAUUUCAUUCCUUGAGACGCUUCUUUCCGAAAAAGACCAACAUCUGAAUUUUACAGAAGACGAAUCUAUACUAAAGGUUGGACACCAUCCAGACUACCAUGUCUGGCUGAUGAAGUAUGAGGGGUGAUUCUAUUCAAAAUCAAGUGUGGUCACAGACUGUGGAUAGGAAGGCAUUUUGUGACAAUGAAGAAAUAAACAACUCCUUCUCAACCCUCCAUCACAAACCUCCAAGACAGAUACAUUAUCCAACCCCUGACAGACCAUCUCUAAGCCCUUGCCUUGUACAGACACUUCCCGGAUCUCAGAAUAACUACCAGAACUGCACUGCUCCCACACCCUUCCCGCAACUAGCCCAAAGACAUUCCACCCCUCGCCCUGGUCUGCUUUAUCAAAUGCCCAAAAACAGCAAGGCCGUCAAGAGAGAGCUUGACGAUGAUGUCAGGGAGUCCGUCAAAGACCUGCUAUCCAACGAGGACACUUGUGAUGAUUCCUUUAAGAAGAGCUCGCUGAUCGUGAGAGGCGGCAGAGGUGAUGGGGAAGGGAAGGAGCUUAGCCUCAACGGAGACAUGGACGUGGAGGACGAAGGCUCGGAUGCAGAAGAUGAUGCAGCGAGGCCAGCCUGGAACAGCAAGCUGCAGUACAUCCUGGCCCAGGUGGGCUACUCUGUAGGCCUGGGCAAUGUCUGGAGGUUCCCCUACCUGUGUCAGAAGAACGGAGGGGGGGCCUACCUAGUGCCCUACCUGAUCCUUCUGAUUGUGAUUGGCAUCCCCCUGUUCUUCCUGGAGCUGUCAGUGGGGCAGCGGAUCCGCAGGGGCAGCAUCGGGGUGUGGAACUACAUCAGCCCUCGUCUGGGGGGCAUCGGGUUUGCAAGCUGUGUGGUGUGCUUCUUUGUGGCCCUCUACUACAAUGUGAUCAUUGGGUGGAGUCUCUUCUACUUCUCCCAGUCCUUCCAGCAGCCUCUGCCAUGGCACGAGUGUCCCCUGGUCAAGAACAAAUCCACAAUGUUUGUGGUGCCUGAGUGUGAGAAGAGUUCGGCCACCACCUACUACUGGUACCGUGAGGCUUUGAACAUCUCUGACUCCAUCUCUGAGAGCGGAGGCCUCAACUGGAGGAUGACCAUCUGUCUGCUGGCCGCCUGGUCCAUGGUCUGCCUCGCCAUGAUCAAGGGCAUCCAGUCCUCCGGGAAGGUGAUGUACUUCAGCUCGUUGUUCCCCUACGUAGUGCUGAUCUGUUUCCUGGUCAGGGCUCUGCUCCUCAAGGGAUCCGUGGAUGGGAUCCGACACAUGUUCACACCCAAGUUGGAGAUCAUGCUGGAGGCCAAAGUGUGGCGCGAAGCGGCCACACAGGUCUUCUUUGCCCUGGGCCUGGGCUUCGGAGGGGUCAUAGCCUUCUCCAGCUACAACAAACGGGAUAACAACUGUCACUUCGACGCAGUGCUGGUCUCCUUCAUCAACUUCUUCACCUCUGUGUUGGCCACCCUGGUGGUAUUCGCCGUGCUUGGCUUCAAGGCCAACAUCAUGAACGCCAAGUGUGUCGCACUGAACACAAAGAAGAUAGUUGCUUUGCUAGGGAAUGAGGUCAGCCACGACCUGAUCCCCCACCACAUCAACUUCAGCGCUACUGUGAGUGCUGAGGACUACCAACAGAUGACGGAGAUCCUCAGAGGGGUGACGGAGAAGGAUUACCCGCGCCUAGGCCUAGACUCCUGCAGCAUCGAGGAAGAGCUCAACAAGGCAGUGCAAGGUACAGGCCUGGCCUUCAUCGCCUUCACAGAGGCCAUGACCCACUUCCCUGCAUCUCCCUUCUGGUCCGUCAUGUUUUUCCUGAUGCUGGUUAACCUGGGCAUGGGCAGCAUGUUUGGUACCAUCGAGGGCAUCAUCACACCUUUGGUCGACACCUUCAAAGUCCGCAAGGAGUUCCUCACAGUGGGUGUCUGUCUGCUAGCCUUCUUCAUCGGCCUGCUGUUCGUCCAACGAUCUGGGAACUACUGGGUGGCCAUGUUUGAUGACUACUCCGCCACACUGCCCCUGCUCAUAGUGGUCAUCCUGGAGAACGUGGCUGUUGCUUGGGUCUACGGGACUGACAAGUUCUUUGAGGACCUGAAGGACAUGCUGGGCUUCACUCCGUUUCGGUUCUACUACUACAUGUGGAAGUACGUGACCCCCCUGCUGCUCAUCCUUCUGCUGGGCUCCAGUGUGAUUCAGCUGGGAAUGACCCCACCCAGCUACAGUGCCUGGCUAGAGGACAUGGCCAGUGAGAAGUCCCUUAAAUAUCCCCCUUGGGGCCUGGCGGUCUGCAUCUCCCUGGUGGUGUUGGCCAUCAUGCCUGUGCCCGUGGUCUUCUUCCUCCGCUACUUCAACAUCAUCGACGAGAACGCUGGCGUGGUGUCCACCAUCUCCUACAAAAAGGGCUGCAUCAUCAAGGAGAGCGUCAGGCCCGAGGAGGACGAUGAUGCCAGCCUCAUCCACGCCAAGUCGCCCGGCAGCGAAGCGCCCUCUCCCAUGCCUGGCAACAGCAUCUACCGUAAGCAGAGUGGAGGGGUCCCCGAUGCCGCACCCAACGGCCGCUACGGCAUCGGCUACCUGAUGGCUGACAUGCCAGACAUGCCCGAGUCAGACUUAUAGAGCGACUUGUAGGGCGAUGUCUAUGGUCCUCCACCCUACUGGCUGGCCAACCAAUCCCUCUUCGUUGCAUUUAGUCAUGGGAAUCAUCAUCUGCAUAUUUUUAUUUGUAGUGUUUCCGUAUAUUCUUUGUAGUUAUCGUAGCUGCUCCCCUUCAUGUUUUCCACGUCCCCUUUUGCCAUGAAAACGAUUAAAAAGGUGUGUCCACUGUACAUAUUAUCUCCUUUUGUCUUCCCCACCCAGUUGCUCCUUGGCUCAGUCCCAAAUAUAUCCUCUCUCGCUCCCAGUCCUGGAGACCUUGUUGACUCCCCCUAGUGGACAGAACAGGAUAGUAUUGCUGUAAGCAAUAAGGUGGAAUCAAACUCCACCAAGGCUACUAAUAGUGCUAGGCAGGAUAGGUGUGAAUUCAAUUCUGUAAAUUCAGUAAGUAAACUCAAAUUAAAAUGGUCUUUAUUGCUUCUCUAUGAAAACAACAACAAUGACUUUGAAUUUCUGUCUACUGUCUGAAUUGAUUGAAUUGAGAUGGACUUACCCCAAACCUGAUUCUAGGCUCUGCCAGGGAAAGUCAACAAGGGUCAUAGGCUAUGUAUGGACCAGUGAGGGUUCCAUUUGGGACUGGAGCUUCUGUCCACAGUAUGUCCCCCCCCCCCCCCCCCACUGGCUGUGUACAUUAUGACUUCACCACUGCCCCCCCCCCAAUGAUUGAUCUAAAAGAAAAUGUGUGCCUAAACAUGACUGGGGCGGCAGGUAGUCUAGUGGUUAGAGUGUUGGACUAGUAACUGAAAAGUUGCAAGAUCAAAUCCACGAGCUGACAAGAAUCUGUCAUUCUGCCGCUGAACAAGGCAGUUAACCCUCUGUUCCUAGGCAGUCAUUGAAAAUAAGAAUUUGUUCUUAACUGACUUGCCUAGUAAAAUAAAUAUGUUUAUAGAAUACAUGGUGAACAUUGUAUAUUUAAGGUAUUCUGUAAAUAUAAUAUAGAAAUAUUAUAAAUAUAUUUAUCUGAAUAGUUUGGAUAUCAGAACACCUUGUUUUUUGGUAAGAAUUGCUACAAAUCCUUAACUCUGGUCUCUUUUUUUGUUUACUGAUGUGCUGUCGGUCUAUGUAAAGAGUUUGACUCCUCUUGAUAACUUGUAAAUACUUUUUUCCAUGAAAUGGCUUCAAAACACAAUGUAUUUUUUCCCUUUCGAGAUUAAAGAUCAAACUUGGUCCAUGCUUGGCA